GAGAGAAUGGGACACAGUGUAAAGCGCUAUAGUAACCGCUAAGGUUAAAAAGGCGCUAUAUAAGUGCAGACCAUUUACAAAUGUCGAAUGCAAUAUGCUGUUUUAAAAAGGUAUAAAACACAGGACAUUUUGUGCUUGGUUUAACAUUGUUGAAUGCAGACACAAACAAUAAAAUACUUUCAAACGAUUUAAUAGAUACAUAAAAUAGCGGGAAAUAUAAACAAGAACAUGCAGUUGAACCAAUCAUUUGUUUGAACAUGACGUCACUGCGUUGCAGUGACGCAGAUGGAGGGCAGGAAGGGAUUUUCUACAUAGGAAACACUAUCAGAAACUCAAAAUGCCUAUGUUUUGCGUCGUUUACGGUUGCUCAAAUCGAUCAAACCGAGAAACCACACGGAGCUUUUAUCGUGUACCAAAAGUUGUUCUUCAUAAGGGGGAAAAAUGCAAGAAAUUGACUGAAAAACGCCGGGAAAAAUGGCUUUUAAACCUGCGGUCGAGAGGAGCAGAGUCGGAUAAUGCUCGUGUGUGCAGUGACCACUUCGUCAAAGGCUGCCCUGGUGCUUUAAACGAUGUUGAGUCUGUAGACUGGGCUCCUACAGUUAACCUCGGUUAUCAGAAAGGUAAGCCCAUGUCAGAAGCAUUGCGUAUACGAGAGGAGAGGAUGAAGCCCAGAGACGAUCAACAUAGACACGUAGAAGGUGCAGUGGCCUUGCUGGAUCUCCAUAAGUCCGCUGAGAAGCCAGAGGAUAACACAGAGAUGUUACGUGACCGACAAGACCAGCCAGAUCAGUCACCAGAAGGGAGUGAGUCUCAAAGUCCUGCUGCUUCCUCUGCAACACCUGAGACCGCACCAGCAGUGAGGAGGACCCAAAACAGGACAAGGGGGAAUGAGGCUGAGAUUGAGAGGUUUCUUAUCGAAGCCCUGAAGAGGCCUGCUGCACCUGUCCCACCUCCUCCCUCAGAGGAUGAGCUUUUUUUUCAAAGCCUGGUUCCUUCUCUGGCGAGAUUGCCACCCCAGCAGAAGGAAUGCAGGAUGAAAGACAGACCUAACCAUGGAUGACAUUGAGAGGAUGGAAGAUGUUCUGAAGCAAACCAUAACAGAGCUGGGUGAUCUUCGGACUAAAGCACUGGACACACAGUAUAGCCAAGAGUCUUUUCAGAAGAAUGAAGACUUGACAAAGUUUUAAUGCAGGUUUUUCAACUGUGUGAACCUUAUAUCACCUGUGGCCAUUUGUCUGUGCUUUCUAAAUUUGAACAGGUAAUUUUAGUUUUGCUGAGGUUGAGACUAAACCUUCCUCUGAAAGAUUUGGCUUUCAGGUUCAACAUCUCUUACUCCACUGUUUCUAGAGUUUGGCACAAGUUAAUUGGCAUACUUCAUGAGAGACUGGAGUUUUUAAUUGAGUGGCAAGAUGAUAUGUACUUCAAGCCACAAUGGCAUUCAGGCAAGCAUUUGGAUGUAGAGUUGCUGUGAUUAUAGACUGUUUUGAAGUAUUUAUUGAAAGACCUUCUAAUUUACUUGCUAGAGCACAAACAUGGUAAAACUAUAAGCAUCACCACACUGUGAAGUUUCUGAUCGGUGUUGUUGCCUAAGUGUAUGUCUCUUACAUAUCUUCUGCUUGGGGAGGAAGAGUAAGUGAUAAGCAUAUUACUGAAGAGAUUGACCUCCUAAAAAACCUGUUACCUGGAGAUAUUGUUCUAGCAGACCGUGGGUUUAAUGUUGUGGAUAGCGUUGGAUUCUACUGUGCCUCACUACAGAUACCUGCAUUCACUAAGGGGAAAAGACAGUUAUCAGCAUACAAGGUGGAACAAACUAGAAAAAUAGCUAAUGAGCGUAUUCAUGUUGAAAGGGUUAUUGGAUUAGUUAGAAGGUAAUAUCAGAUCUGCAAAGUCUCAUUGAUUGAUAAGAUUGGAGUUAUUUUCUGUGCCUUGUCGAAUUUAUCAGAGUCUGCGGUCCCACUGGAGUAAGAAAUUACAAAAACUAGAGGAACAUGGCAUAUAAACGGUUCAUGGUUGGUAAAAGUAAUGAUCUACCAAGUGGUUGAUUUUCUCUUUUCAAUGUUUUUAGUCCUUGUAAAUAAGAAACCACUGAUACCUUUUGUUGUAUAAUUUAAUCUUCUAAUUUUACUUUAAUCUUCUCAAACAUCUGAUUGUCAAAAAAAAAACGAUACAUUUAUGAUAGUGUUUUUCUUUUGCAAAAUAUGACUGAAUUGAGUGCCUGAACUGAUGUGAGCUAGUGUCCUUUUAGUCAUAUUAAAUAUCAACACAUUAUUUUUUAACUUGCUGUCCCAACACUUCUGGAAGUGAAAAAAUUCUCAACUUUAGGAAUCACAUCAUCCCAAAAGUCAUUCGAGUUCCACACCACAAAGUAGCAAUACUCAGCAUCCACAACAUGAAGCUGUGCCUGGAUUUGGAAGUAGUAAGCAUGGGUCCUAUCCAGUGCAAUAUCAUCCCCAUCUUUGAUAAGGUAGAAUCCCUCAUCUCCAGCACACAGGCGCAGAUUAACUAUCUUGCUUGCAGUGUGGGCACUAAAAUUCACAGUGAAAAGAACAUGUAAACAACUGACGUGGUUCAUUUUGUCUGACUUUGUAUUUAUUUAACUGAUUCUUAUAUAUUCAGGUGGUUUUUACAUGACAUGUUUCAACUACCAAGCCUUGCACAAAAAAGAUAGGAAAAAAACCUGUAAUAACUUUCCACAGUUUAAAUGCUUUGUCUUUUAUAGUAAAGUGAAAUUAUGAUUUUACAUGUCAAACAUGUAAUGUUUAUAAUGAACCGUGAUAUUGCCUUUAUCUCGCAAAUCCCAGAUACAUGACAGUUGCAUGUGACAAUCCCAUCAGGCGAGGCUCCCAUGUAUGGCCACUUGGGAUUCAGCCAGAGACCACUUUCCAUACAGGAGAAGCUCUCGUGCUCCAGACCCAGCAGCCUCUCAUCUGGCUUGUGCCUCAUGUUUUCAUCCAUAACUGUAAACGGUACACAAACAAUCAGCAACACAUGAAAUGGUAAUUUAAUAUUUAGUGUUGAAUUUAGAAACAUUGUGGAGUGGGUCAGUAUUUUAGGCAACAUUAUUACAGUUCAAUGGUUUAAAUAUUUACCAUUAUCCUAACCCCUAUACUUAACCCUACCCUUGUUUUAAAAGCCCAUACCUUAUGGAGACCCUUGUGCUAGUCUUACCCAAAAUCUCCCCUCUGUCUUAUCCUAUUUCAAGCCCUAAAUACCUAGUCAUGAACUUGUGCCUCUGGGUAGCAUAUGGCCUUAAUCAAGCUCUUGGAUGGUUUCUGAGGGUUUGUUUUAAGAACUUGUUUAAGCUUAAGAGGCAGUUAUGCAUCCAGCUCUUUGUCGGUACAAAAUCCUGGAUGCACUCUGGAUUUUAGUUGCCUUCUCUACAGCCUGGACCUGAAGGGGUUAACUCUUCUAGCUGGAAAUCCUGGCAUAGCUCUUUAAGCUCUUUGGGGGGUAGCUGCAGAGUCUCUGGUGUUCUGUAUUCAAGAACAGUUUUAGGCAGCAUACAAUAUUUGGGAACAAAUUAAUUGUGGUAAUUCUCCCUAGCCAUUAGUGCAGCACUCCUUGGACAGUUUCUGCUUAAGGAUUAAAAAACUAGCAUACGCUUCUGACCCUCUCUUCACUCUUGGACAUUGAACUUGUUUCUAUGGGAUCAAUUCCAUGCCACAUAUAUUUGCAAAAAUAUAAAGUAUUGCAAAAUAAAAUAAAGUUUUGCAAAACAAAAAAAGUAUUGAGCAAACAAAAAAAAAAAAAUUUAAAACAAAAAUUAAGUAUCACAAAUGUAAAAUAAAGUAUCGAGAGAAAAAAAGAAAGUUUUGCAAACAUAAAUAAAGAAUUGCAAAAUAUAAAUAAAAUAUAGCAAAAAUCAAGAUGUAAUUAAUUGCAAAAAUCAAUGACUGUUGUAAAAUAAUCUAAAGAUCUUUUAUCCUUUUUUAUCUCUGCAACAGAUUUUUAGGCAGCAAUGAUUUUGCCACACAUCUUUUUCUUUGCAACGCUCCUUUUAAUCUGCAUUUCCAUCACGUGUGAGCUCGUGAUACCGUUUUGCCUUUGCGCUUCACUUUUCUCUGCGUUUCACUUUAUGGCACUGUUUUGACGUGGGGGUGGAGUCAGGGGAUUGGGGCGUGUACAACGGGCUCAGUGAUGCCUCUCUGGAAGUUACGUCAUUAGCUUGAGACACGGAUCAAACAUCAUGGCUGAGCACAGGCGUGCAGGUGGAUCUCAGGUAUAUAAAGUUGAUUGUUUAAGCGUUUGCUUCAGAUAAAGAAGUUAGAGAUCAGUUAAAGCGGUGGAUUUAUUAGCCAUACUCGCUAACAUAGCCAGCAUCUGCAGUUUAUUCUCUCUCAAUUGAUUGGACUAUUGAUUGAUUCUUAUGUUUAUUUUAUAGAUUAUAAUUGUCUAUACCAUAGUAUGUUGUCUUCUAAAAAAAUGUAAACUCCAUAUUUAGAUGUAACAUUAUCACUGUUAAAGGAGACAAUAAAUAGAUUACAAAUAAAAAGUUAAACGAUUGUAACAAACGUGCUUGUGUUCUGUCUUUAAAAAUAAAGUUUUGAAAUAUAAAAUGUUCACAUCCCCUAUAUUCUUAACCCUGCGUUAUACAGCUAUGUGGCAUGGGGGGCGUGGUCGUGUGUCAGUCUGCGGGAGAGAGCGGUAAGGCUUGUCACCUGGUUUGUAAUUAUCUCUAACACCUGUGUCUUGUUGUAGUGAUACGGAGAAAGACAUUUAAAGGGACGCCAAGUGUCGAGAGGGAGAGAGAGAGUGGAUCCAGAAAGCUCCACAGAGUGUGAUAUUGUUUUGUUUAUCUUUACAUUUCUACGGCGGUGACCGUCGUAUGUUCGUGAAAGAAAUUAAAGUGCUGA